ACAGCCAGGUCCAUCCGGGGCCGGGUAGGGAAGGAUGUGGGGUGCUGGAGGUGGUCGGGGCUAGGUCCCUUCCCUGUUCCCCGUUCCUCGCGAGCGGCGGGCAGGAGGAGCCGCCCGGGGCUCGCACUGCGUCGGCCCGGGAGUCUUGGCUGAGUGUGGAGUUUGCAGUCCGGAGAAGCCUCCGAGGGUGCUGAGACAGGAAGGCUCAGCGUGGGGGUUUCUGGGGCGCAUAGAUAGAUAUAUGGGGGAGCAGUUCGGAAUUGCAAGAACCUGACAGGUGACCCGCUAGGAAGGAGGGGUGCAGGAGAGGGGGGGUCCCUUGGGUUGCAUCGCAUGACUUGAUAGGAGGCUAUUAUAGGGGGCUCAAAAAAUCGGCUGGAGGGGAUCGGACAGCUUAUGGGGAGUCCUGAAGAGUUCCCGGAAAAGGCAUUUGUAGGAUCUCCUUUAAUGCUCCUCUCGGGGCUUUAAAACGUUCUCAGUCUUCUGUAGCACAGGUUUUUAAAGGGCUUUUUGUGGGAUAUCCAGGAAGGGAGCUGGGUAGGUAGGUGGGUAUCAUCUGAGAGAAGCGGGUUUCUGUAGGAUCUGAAGGGUAUUUUUAAGGGUGGGGAGAGAGAGGAGUCUUCCGAAAGGGUCUGUGGAAAUCUCAGGGGAAUUGCGGGUGCCUAAAAGGCCCCCAUAGGAAGCUUAGAGCCAUGGCCACCCGGCGUUUAACAGACGCAUUCUUGUUGUUGCGGAACAACGCGAUCCAAAGCCGGCAGCUGCUGGCUGAGCAAGUGAGUAGUUACAGCUCCUCCAGCCCUCUGACUUCACGUAGCAUGGCUGCUGCGCUUGCAGAUGAUCGCAUGGCAUUGGUAUCCGGGAUCAGCUUAGAUCCUGAAGCAGCUAUCUAUGUAACGAAGAGGCUGCCUCCAAAGUGGAUUGAUGGAAUAGAAGAAAUUCGGUAUGAGUUAUCCAGGAUAAAACAGAAGAUGAAAGAAUUAGCCAGUCUUCAUGACAAGCAUUUAAACAGACCAACUCUAGAUGACAGCAGUGAAGAAGAACAUGCAAUAGAAAUAACUACGCAAGAAAUUACACAGCUAUUCCACAGGUGUCAGAGGGCGGUCCAGACAUUACAUAGCAAGUCUCGGAGCUGUACGGACCAAGAGCGGCGGCUUCUGAAGAACGUCGUGUCUUCCUUGGCCCAGUCCCUUCAAGACCUGUCCACCAGCUUUAGGCAUGGGCAGUCUGACUAUCUUAAACGUAUGAAGAAUAGAGAAGAAAGAUCAAAACAUUUCUUUGACACUUCCGUCCCACUUAUGGAUGAUGGUGAGGACACUACACUCUAUGAUCGGGGCUUUACAGAUGACCAGUUAGUAUUAGUGGAACAGAACACGGUAUUGGUGGAAGAGCGGGAGCGAGAAAUCCGGCAAGUUAUACAGUCCAUUUCUGAUCUCAAUGAAAUUUUUAGGGACUUAGGAACAAUGAUCGUAGAACAGGGUACAGUUUUGGACAGGAUUGACUACAAUGUUGAACAAUCAUGUAUUAAAACAGACGAAGGAUUGCAACAACUACAUAAGGCUGAGCAAUAUCAAAAGAAGAAUCGGAAGAUGCUUGUCAUUUUAAUUUUGUUUGUUAUAGUAAUUGUCCUUAUUAUUGCUCUCAUUGCUGUAAAAUUCCGCUAGUCAAUACUCCAAUGAUGUUUUCCUUCCUGUAUGUAUGUACGUUUUGGGAGGUGGAGGUAGCAUUUUGUGUGUGUUUUUGCUCUUUUUGUUUCUGAUAUGAAUGGUUGAGCCUGCACAUUUGAAAGCUGCCUUUUGAAUGAAUGUAUAAGCCCUAGUGGUGCAAAGUCUGUGCAAUGUUCUUUGAGAAACUCCUUUCCAUUUUAAAUUCUCAGUGAACGUGGGAAUAAGUUGCAAAAAAUAUUAGGUUUCUAAUAGAUACUACUAAAUCGGAUAUCUGAUUAUUUAUUCAGGCAGUUGAAACACUAAAAAGGCAUAUUUUCUUAAGUUAAGGACAAACUGUUUCAGAAAGUUUAGUAACUACUUUCACUGUAUUGAGAAUCUGAUGCUGUUAGCUGCCAUCUCUUGUGCAAUGGUUAAUCUUGUACCUUGUGAACUGUCUAGGUUUUCAUUUUGAUGUGAUACCAAAAAUUACGUUUUGGAGGAAAAAUGCCUUAAAGAUAGAAAUGGUUUGAUCUCACCUAGCUUUCCUCCAGAUUUAAUAUUAGUGUAGUCUCAUAGAGGUGAAACCUUUUUUUAAAAAAAAUGGCAGAUAAUUCACACCCUUUGAUUUCAUACCGUUACUGAUUUCUCCACUGCAGUAUUUAGCAGCGUAAAUAUAGCACCCCAUCCACAAUCAGUGCUAUAAAUUUUAAAUGAUUUCCUAUGUUUUAACUAAUCAGAAAUGUUUUCUCUCCCAUUACACACACAAACACACCCUUCCUCCGAAUUGAUCAUGCACUGUUUUUUUAUUGGCAUGUAUCUAGAAACACAGAUAUAUUUAGCCCACAUUUGAAAGGAAGGUCUUUGUUCUUCCUCCUUCUCUUCCUCCGGCUCCCAAAUCUAUAUCCAUAUAAGAAUCAAUUGUGGCACAUUUCAUCCUCUGCUUCCAGAUACUGAACUGGAAAAGGUGUGUUGGUAUCUCAUACAUGUUAUCUAAAUUGGAUUAAAUAAUGUAAUUGAUUUGUGUAUCAGAAUCAUAGGUCUAAAUAGAUGAAGUUUUGUCCUCUGCUGUCUGGCUGCAGAGAGGGCCCAAGAGAAACUUGGGACACUGUUCUGCUGUGAUUAAGUGCUAUACUACUGGUUACUGUACAUCAGGAUUCCUUGGCUCCUUUAAUGCAGCAGAUGACUCUACUGAGGGAUCAUUUUCAUUGGUAAAAUACUAGCAGUUUAAUUGGAUCCUAAAAGUGCUGUACAUUUUUAGGGGCCUUGCUUCAUUCCUUAAAAAAAACAAAAAUCAUGUAUUUAUUUAAUUGUGGUGUCGUGUCUCUGUUGUGACUUAUCGGCACAGCUUGCCAGCGUUUUGCUGUCACCUUGUGCCCUCAGCCAGUCGGUAAUGUAAUAAUUGUAAAGUCGUCUGUGCGCGCUCUCUCUCUCUCUUUCCACCCAGCUUUCCUCCUCUCAUCCAGCUCUUUGCACCAUUCAGAUUUUUUUUGGUAGAACAACAGUCAUGGAAACAAUAAAAACAUUCCUGCCUUAGUUCAGCUCAGGUUUAGGGUUGCUACUUAGAGACAGAGGGAAGACUCCCAUCAGGGUCAUCUCCUACAAAAACUCCUCUGAGCCAGUGUAGGGUAGUGGUUAGAGUAUUGGACUGGGGCUCAGGAGAACUGGGUUCUAGUCCCCCACUUGGCCAUGAAGCUCACUGGGUGACUGUGGGCCGGUCCCUGACUCUCAGCCUAACUUACCUUACAGGGUUGUUGUGAGGGUAAAAUGGAGAAGAGAAGGCCCAUUUAAGUUGCCUUGGGUUUCUUGUAAAAGGAAAAAAGGAAGGAUGUAAAUGUAAUAAUAAAUAAUUUUUAAAAUAAUGAAUAGGAAUGAUGCAGGAGCACUGUGGUCUGGGACUGCUCCCAUUUCGUUUCAGUGGGGCUUGUGCAGGAGAUUUUCCUGGUGUGUUAUGCUCAAAGGCUAGCACAUUAGAUCUAUUUCCUGUUUACAGAACCUCAUAGAAGGCUGUAUAAUGCUUGACAAGGCAGUGUGUUGUUGCUAUAUGGAGUCAUGAAUUUCAAUCGCUUUGGAUUAUUUACCUGCCCAGAAGUGUCCGCUGUAUUAAUUGAAGCAGGGCCACGAAAGAGGAUAUUUGUCCCUGUUUCCUUAAGCACGAUGCACAAUUUAAGAAUGACCUCCCUGCCCCCUUGACAAAGUUGUGUUGACUUCUGGCUUAGUUUUUUUCCCGUAGUUCGCUGUUUGUGUCCAAAGACAAUGAAUUUCUGCUAGACUUUUUUCAAACUACUAGCACCAGUUGUCUUGGGUGCCAUCCUAGUUGUCUUGAAUUUGCAGCUUACAAAUAAAACAAAAGAUUCACCACACACAGAAAAUUAGAUAUUGGGAGGGAAGAUAGACUAGAACAUAAGAAGAGCCAUUCUGGAUCAGACUAAGGGUCCAUCUAUUCCAGCAUUCUGUUCACACAGUGGCCAACCAGCUGCCCACAGGAAAGCCACAAGCAGGACAUGAGUGCAGCAGCACCCUCCCACCCAUGUUCCCCAUCAAGUGCUGUACAUAGGCUUACUGCCUCUGAUUACUGGAAGUAGCAUAGAGGCAUCAGGACUAAUAGCCAUUGAUUGCCUUAUCCUCCAUGAAUUUUUCUAAUCCCUUUUUAAAGCCAUCCAAAUUGGUGGCCAUCACUACAUAGUAGCAAUGUUCCUAGUACUAAAUUAGUAUGAUAGCAUGUUCCUCUUAGUAAAUUAGUUUUGGAGCCCAGUAUUGCCAUCUUCUUCUGUGGAAGAGUCUGCCCCAUUUAGGUUUUCUAGUAUGAUUGACACUAUGCCCUAGAUCUCUUCUCUCUGACAUAGUUUUCUGUGUGAAGGAAGAACACUCCAUCAUGUGAGCCCCAGAUAAAUUGCUAUGGGCCAUACACAGAUUUCUUGGAGAGAAUUUGAUUUGAAUUGCGCAACACACUGCAAGAAGAACUAAUCUCUAGUAAAAUAGUUUCGUUUUCUCUUUCUCCCCUUUUUUAUUCUGUCUUGUGUUAAAAUUUGACAUGAAGAUGUUCAAAUUGUUUAUCAAUAAACAAUUACCAAAUUCAAAGAAAGCUAGAAAUGAAGUGCACUAGAACACAUCUAGUGUCUACAUAAUGCCUGUGUUGGUAAGAUUAUUAUUUAUUUAGAACUGUCAGUGUGCACAGUGCUUUACAGCACAAUCAUAGAAUCAUAGAAUAGCAGAGUUGGAAGGGGCCUACAAGGCCAUCGAGUCCAACCCCCUGCUCUAUGCAGGAAUCCACCCUAAAGCAUCCCUGACAGAUGGUUGUCCAGCUGCCUCUUGAAUGCCCCUAGUGUGGGAGAGCCCACAAUCAUGUUUCUCCUCCAAAGAGCUUAUACUCUGAAGUUUGACAGUGGGGAGUGGGCUAACCAUAAAUGAACGUAAACCAAUAUUGUUUCAUGUACUUAAGACUCAUAAUUGUUAGGAUGAAGGCAAGGGAUGGGAGAAGGGUGUUCUUGUUACUUCCAAUCUCAGACAGAAGGCCAGAAAUUGCUGAAACGUUCCUUAGACCCAAACUUUUAAUUGAGAUUUCCAGUGGGGCAGAUGGAAUAAUGAAUGUUUAAAGAUUGCUGAGGCUCUUCCUAACUGCAACAGGGUUAGCAUUCUUAUUAAUUCCUUUAAUUGAUCACCGCUCUGCCCUCUUUUUCUGCCUUGUUGGCAUGAUCCCAACAGGGCUUUGAAUAAGGACGUCCUUUUGCCUUCAGAUCGUCCAUCUGUAGGAUAGUUCUGUAAAUCUAUUUAAUGGUGUUAUUCUCAAAAAGCCCUAUGAGGGGAAUGUUGAUGCAAACCAGUAUUUUAAUAUACCCUGGACUGCAAAUUGAGUCCUAUUUCAUUGUGCAAUUACAAAGUGUAGCAUCUGGGCACUUGGUUUUGCAUUUUGAGAAUUAAUUUUAAAGCAACUUUCCUACCCACUUAGUUGCAAAACAAAGUCAAGAUAACAGGAGCCAGAAUCUUCUAAAAGCUUUUUUGUAUAUCAUUCCUGGUCAAAAAUGGGAGAAUAAAUUAUACAAAGAAAACAGAUGCAAAUGUUGCUUAUUGUCCUGUUCAUAUAUAUUAAGCACCUACAACUGGAAUGAGCGCCUAUAAAGAUUAAAAAUGGACAGCCCUUACUAGCAGAAAAGGCACGAGAGAGAGAGAGAGAGAGAGGGGCGGGGGGGGGGGGAAAUAGAAGAAUAUAGAAGCAAAUCAUAUGGGAAAGUCUUGAGCAAAAAGAUGAAUCUUUAAAAUGUUUCUUUAAUGACGGUUAUGGAUGGCGGGGAGAUGAGGACAUUCAAAUGCUAAGGAAAUGUCAUACAAACAUUUUUCUGGGUUCAAAAUUCAAUAGUGUGUACGGGUUUAUGUUUUCAUGCAAACCCUGUGUAGUCGUGUCCAUGGGACAAUACAAUAAAAUCCAUCUUCUGACUACUUGGCAAAAUAGCUUUACAAGGCUGUUGAAGAAACACUUAUGAGGUUCCAUUUGUAUAUUGUACUUUACCCAUUUAUAAGUGUCUAGCGUAUGUGUUUUCUGAAAGUGAAUACAAAUCCGCAAUUGCUCUGAGAACCAUUAACCUGAUUAGAACCAUCUUAAUUUUUGAGAAGGAUGCAGUGUAAAAUAUGUACAUUCCAAAGGAGUUUGGAUGCUUGAGAUCCCAUCUAUUCAUCAGUCAUAGUUUUGUGUAAGACUACUGUUAUUUUAAAAGGAAUAAUAAAAGCUUAUUUUAAAUUA